AAUAACUCUGCAGCAACUGAAGAAAAAAGGCUUGAAAAGCGUGCUGCUGACAUGCUAAAACAAGAUGAUGAAGUGACUGUAAAGCUGGAAAAUGCUGCCAUUGAGCGUUCUAAAUCAGUGGACUCUGCAGUUUUAGGGAAAUAUAGCAUCUGGAGGAGAGACAUUGAUAGUGAAAACACUGAUUCAACUAUACGCUUGAUACGUGAUCAAAUGAUAAUGGCAAGGGUAUAUACAAGUCUUGCAAGGAUGAAAAACAAGACUGAUUUGGUCAAUGAGUUGCAGAAUCGGCUCAAGGAAAGCCAGCGUUCUCUAGGAGAUGCAAAUACUGAUUCUGAUCUGCAUCACAGUGCAUCUGAAAAGAUUAAACUGAUGGGCCAAGUGCUGUCUAAAGCUAAAGAGGAAUUGUACAACUGCAACCUGGUCACUGGGAAACUAAGAGCCAUGCUGCAAUCUGCGGAUGAGCAAGUCAGGAGUCUGAAAAAACAGAGCACAUUCCUUAGCCAGCUAGCUGCAAAGACAAUACCAAAUGGGCUUCACUGCCUGGCCAUGCGCUUGACUAUAGAUUAUUACCUCCUCCCACCUGAGAAAAGAAAGUUCCCUCGGAGUGAGAAUCUGGGAAACCCAAAUCUUUACCAUUAUGCCCUCUUUUCGGAUAAUGUUCUUGCUGCUUCAGUAGUGGUCAACUCAGCGAUUAUGAAUGCCAAGGAUCCUGGGAAACACGUUUUCCAUCUUGUUACUGAUAAGUUGAACUUUGGUGCGAUGAAUAUGUGGUUUCUAUUGAAUCCCCCGGGUAAAGCUACAAUCCACGUUGAAAAUGUAGAUGAAUUCAAGUGGCUGAACUCAUCAUAUUGUCCUGUUCUACGUCAGUUGGAGUCUGCUGCUAUGAAAGAGUACUAUUUCAAGGCGGCUCAUCCCACCACACUAUCUGCUGGUUCCUCUAACCUGAAGUACAGGAACCCAAAGUAUCUUUCAAUGCUUAACCAUCUAAGGUUCUAUCUCCCACAGGUCUAUCCAAAAUUGGACAAAAUUCUUUUCCUUGAUGAUGACAUUGUUGUUCAGAAAGACUUGACUGGGCUUUGGUCGGUUGAUCUCCAUGGAAAAGUUAAUGGUGCAGUUGAAACAUGUGGUGAGAGCUUCCAUAGGUUUGACAAAUAUCUGAACUUCUCCAAUCCUCACAUUUCUAAGAACUUUGAUCCAAAUGCUUGUGGAUGGGCAUAUGGAAUGAACAUGUUCGAUCUAAUGGAGUGGAAGAAGAAGGAUAUAACCGGUAUAUACCACAAAUGGCAGAAUAUGAAUGAAGACAGGGUGCUGUGGAAGCUUGGGACUCUACCUCCAGGUCUGAUUACCUUUUACGGGCUGACUCAUCCACUCGAAAAGUCAUGGCACGUGCUUGGUUUGGGUUACAAUCCCAGCAUUGACAAGACAGACAUAGAGAAUGCAGCCGUUGUACAUUACAAUGGGAACAUGAAACCAUGGUUAGAACUGGCAAUGACCAAGUAUAAGCCAUAUUGGACCAAGUAUGUAAAGUACGACCACCCAUAUGUACGCAACUGCAAACUGAGCGAAUGAUGAAUCGUUGGAACAGGCUGAUCAGCAAGCCGGUAUAGCUGGAUUAAAUCUGGUGAAGGCAAGUUCCUGCAAUUGGAAUGUCUUUAAACGAAAGAUUAAACUCUUAGCAGCUCAUCCUCGUUUACUUGCUCACGGAAAAUGUGCUUGUUGUUAGAUGAGGAUGAUGGAGUUGCUAAUUGUAUUCUUUGAACACCCUACUUAAUGUCUAGAUGUAAGAUUUAAUGGGACUUAGGUAUUUAUUUCCUUGUGUAAACUUGUCAUUGUGGUUGUGGUUAUGGGUAGCUAUGAAGUGAGGGAAACGAAUUGAAUAAAUUCAAUACUUUAUAUUCAAUUUA